UUUCUGUCUUGAGCCUGCAUCAAUCGUCUCCUCCCUUGCCAUCGACGACAUAAUGGCCAACACCCCCGAGCCGGGCGCGUCAAGGGUGUCUGUAAACGAUAUCACCUGGAUGCGCCCUGUGGACCUGGCUGCGUAUAUCCGGAAACACCUUGGCCCCACUGACGACUUCGACCUUCUGGACCACCGUCGACACCAGCUUCCACUGUGCGAGCGUAACAAGGUCGCAGAAAGGCUCAUACAUGCCCUGGCCGAAAACCGGUAUUCCCGACCGCUUGAUCUCGACGACCUCGACGCCCGCCUCCAAAAAGCAUUAUCCGGCGGCCCCAACGCCCUGCCACGAGUAUCUCGACCACGACCACCUCGAUCAGGCUCACCGACCCUAGGGGGAAUAGAGCUCGCAGAAUGUGGUCUACAGAUAGGGAGAAUGGAGGAGGCGGACGCAUACGAUCAACUCGUCAAGGAUAGCGGCCGCCCGCUUUACCCAAUCGAACUCCUCGACGACAUCUCCGCGUCCUUUCCAAGGGGCCCAAUCCGGGGCCCGAUGGGCGACCUAUACUACGGCACCGGAAACCCCGACAAGUACCAGGAGCUGUUGCGGCCCUGGCUAGACGACAUUGCAACGGGCGGUUAUUUUAGUUGGUGGUCGGGCGGAACGAGGAUACAUUACCCCUGGGGGGUAUUCCAAAGGCAGUGGAAGAGAUGGACCAUGUUCCGCAGUUGGCAAAGGGACAAUCGCGACUUGAAAGAUGACGGCGGCGGAUUUCCAGAAUACCUUGAGGCGGAGAAGCGUCGUAUAAAACGCGAGUACAGCGAACGUGUCGCAGCAGAUGAGCUGGCCGAGCUCGAGGCCAACCCGUUACAGCUCAAACAGUACUGGGAGGGUGAGCAAAGGAGGCGCAAGUGGCAGCGACACUACUGCUAUGAAUCGGGCGUCAAGGAAUUUUCCGAUUACGUCGACGCGGUCAAACGCCGCCUGGCCCGACACGGCUUUACUCGCCCCUUUGAGUUGAGCCAAGACCCGAAACAACAAGGCAAGCUCGAAACAUGGAUCGAGUACCUCUGCUUCGAGUACUGGUGGCUCGAUCUGUUUACGCGUGCCAUCGAGCGCCGGCAGCAAAAACGCGACGAGGUGUGGCAGAAGCUCCAAGACACGGGGAUGCUGCAGUCAUUCGAGACGGCAAAAUAUAUCAAGACUGACAAGUAUGAUUGGCAACACAAGAACGAAGAGGACAUGGCCAGAGAAGCGCUAGAGAGAUCGCAACAAAAUGCCAAGCGAAUCUACAUCGAGACUCAGCUAGAUCAACGCCGUCUGAGCAUCCCCAAGCCGGAACGUAUACGGAGGUUGCAACAAGGCAACCGAGAGAUGCUGGCUGCCGAGAGCCGGCUGGAGGGGCUCAAGAGGCGGAGUGCUCUUAUUAAAGAGUUCAAACCUUUAUCAAAAUGCUUGAAAGCCGCAAAGAGGGACGUAGCGCGCCAUCGCAUCCUCCUUCCGUGGAUCUUGGACCAGAUUCCUUUGAUCGAGGCCGAGUUGAGCCGAGGCGAAGCUGCCGGCGGACUCGACGGGACCAGGGCGAGCAAGACGAUCAAGAGAAGGCUCGACGACUCUGACGGUGACGACAGCCCACGCCAAACGAGCACCGAAAAGCGGAGGAGGCUCAGUCCACGUCCGAGCAACGGCACGGUCGUCCUUGACAGCGAAAUCCAGCAGAAGGAGCCGGUCCCCUCGAUAGUCGGCGGCAUUGAAGAGACUCUGCCUCCAGAGGAACAGCAGUGCUCACGGACCCGUGCGCCUCCGGCCGGGCACUCGCGUCGAACUCGGGCUGCCCGUGAAGCCGCGUCGCGAGGUUUGCGCCGCAGCCCCCGCAUUGCAGCGCGCCUGACGUCGCUCAAACGUCCGGAAGAGUGCUAAGGCCAAGACAACGGGGUGGGUCUGCGCAACCUUUCGGAUCACCGUCAGGCGGAGACGAUACGAGACGUCAUGUUUCCCCGCUUCCGUCUUUACCCAAGUCAGCAUUUGCACAAUG